GAUGGCGACAGAGGGUACCUAGAAGGACUGGCAUCGAGAUACGCCGACCUCUUCUCCACACACUACGGUGACGUUCUCGAUCAUCUAGAAGAGCUAAGGCGACAUGAAUGGGAGGAAAUGUCACCCAGGAUGAGGGUCCUAGGGGGUCCAGGGACCCCACAGACCCCACCUUCAGCAAGCCCUGGGUCAUUAACACUGAAUAACCUGACCACUUCGCAAUCGCAGCCCAUUUAUGUGCCUGGGAAAUAUUCGGUAACAGACGAGGGACUGAUAUUUAACAGACAGCCUUCAAGUUGUUUGACGGACAAAGAAGAGGAUGAGAUCUACGGCUUCGGCUACGGUGUCUUCGGCAAACAGAUGCUUCAGCGGCAACAACAGCAGAAGCAACUGCUGCUAGCUCAGCCCACGCAGCCUCUCAUGCAUAAUCCACCUCAUAAUUAUCAGAGGUAAGUGUUUGAAAAUCAAUACAAUAAGUAUUGUUUUACUGUGCCCGAUCAUACGUCAGAUAUAUAGAAGUCUUCUUCUUCUUCUUCUUAUCGAUGAUAUACACUGUAAUGUAAGCCAUCGUAGUGAAAGGAUUAUGGAAGAAUGUCGCCAAAACUCACUCUUAACUUGAAACACUAUAAAAUCUUGAUAUUGAUUGGUCGUAGUUUUUUAAUUACUGAAUUGUCAACAAUUUUUUG